AGUUUCGGCGCUAUCUGUCGUCGGAUCCGUGCGUCACGUUCAGUGUUGGGAAGCGCAGGGACAUGGUGUGGAUGGAUGGCGGUCCACACGACCACAGGAGGACCAGAACAAAUCAUGGCUGGGAAGCCUUUCCGGGCCACCUACAUCUGGAACAGCAUCAUUUCCAAUCUCCAAGCUCACGUUGAGGUGAAGCCCAGGCGUCACAACCUGAAGUCCUACCAUGACUGCUUCCUGGGCUCAGAGGCCGUGGACGUGGUUCUGUCGCACAUCACCGUCAGCCGCUUCUUCGGCGACGAGCCGGUGCCUCGCCAAAAGGCGGCCCGCCUCUGUCAGGCCUUCAUGGACUCUAAGGUGUUCGAGCCGGUGGGGGUCAAGGUGUUCGGAAAGGAGAAGAAACGGAACAAGUUCGAGGACAGCGGCGUCAGUCUGUACCGAUUCUUGGGUCCAGCGAGCAGCUCCUCGUCGGCGCUGAUCAACACCAGCUCCCAGUCCGCUGGCACCAUCGGAGGCGGCUACGGCUCACCGAACAUGAACCAGAGCAGCUGCACGCUAAUAAGCGAUAGCCCAGACGUGCCAAGCUACUCCCUCCACUCCCCGGUGAGGAGAGAGAGGCUUCUGGAGGAGGUGCUGGGCAACAUGAACCUCAGCGCCACCGCCACCCCCCAGAUGAGCCACCUCGGCCUCUCGCAGGAGUGUUUGUAUGAAGUGUGGCACCAGCAGGCAGUGUGCAGGCUGCUGCAGCUCAUAGAGCUCCCCCUGCUGGAAGGCCUGUUGGAAGGCGAGGCCGCUUCUCGGUCCUCCCUGCGUGGCAUGGACAGCGACCCGGACCUGCUGUGUACGACAAGCUACCUGGACCGAGAGGUUCUGAAAGCCUUCAGCGAAGCACAGGCUGAUGAGUGGAUGUCAAUGGCGGUGGACUGCCUGGAGUUUCUGCCUGACGAGCUGGUGGUGGAGGUCAGCCGAGGUUUGGCUGCCUGUGUGGACGACCUACUCCAGUGCAAGAGGUUGCUUUACCAGGUCCUGGUCAGGCAUUAUGGACAGACGCAGCAGCCGCCUCUGCUCAACAACUGCGUGUUCGAUAUCCACUCUGGGAUCUCGGAACUACUUGUCAACGGGAAGCUGGAACUGGCUCUGGAGGCGCUGCAGCUGAGCCUGGGGCUGCAGGACCCCCACAGCCGAGAGGAGCUCCGGAGGCUGCUGGGCUUCAUGGCCACCGCGGCCAACCCGCAGGAGGUGAAGCUGCACGAGGAGAUCGAGAACAGGAUGGCGGUAAAGAGGUCUUUCUCCAGCGCCAUCGUGUACAGCGGGAGGCUCUCCAAGGGCAAGGUGGACCUGAUGGUUCUGUUCAUGAUGGACAACCACUGUGAUCUGUUCAAGACUCCCCUCUCCUUGCACAAGAUGGUGAGCGAACGACUGAGAAACAUCGUGAAGGGGAAGGAUCCGGACGCGAUAACAGGCGCGGCAUACUGCUCCAGGGUUGGCGCUAAGGAGUAUUCAGAGAGACGACAGAAAACCACUAAAGAGGAGAUCCUUUCUCUUCUGCGCACCGUUCACGAGAACCCCAAGUUCUCCACGAAGGAGAAGAGGAGGCUGCUGGGACAGUUUCAUAAAUCUCAUCCUGAGAUCUUUGUUCAGUACUUUGGAACUAAAUUAUCUAGUAUCAACAUGUUGUUUCAAUAAUGUUUAAACCACUGAUAAAUUAUAUGUAUGUAACGGAAAGAAGAAGAAAAAAAAGACGACAAUCAAAGGAAUUGGGAGUUGUGUAGUUAGUGAAACGUCUUAAAAAGCUAGAAUAUUUAAUAUUUAACGUCUUUCUUUGGUGCGGGACACUGAGGUAAAAAUGUAAUUUUUUGGAUUUGAAAAAGACUGAAUCUUCCUCCAAAAAAGAGGAACACUUUGUUUUCUAAGCUCUCGUGGUGAACCAGACAACCUUUUGAGACUGAAUGCUAUGGAAAUGUAAAACU